UUCAGGCUUGUGGUGCCGUUUCGGCGUUUCGCCACAGCGAAUACGUUGACCCGCACAAGCAUAAAAAAGCUAAGUGCAGCCGCAACAAGCGAUGCCUGUUGUCACUCCCACGCAUAGCCGUGUCACUCAGUUUCUGCCCUUUUCCUUUUCUUUAAAAAUGCAGAUGAAAUCAGCAAUUGAAUUGGAUGAAAAUUGACACCAGAGGUGUCGUUUCAGUGGAGGAAUUAGUUUCAAUUGCUCCUUCCGAUCGGCAUUUCUUCUGCGUAUGCACAGCCGAUUGACAAGACAAUCCAAAUAAUCAGCAUUUGUUUCUCCCAAAGGAGCAACGUCGUCUAUGCAUAAACAAUAUGAGAAUCUGCAUCUAUACAUUUCUACCAGUGAUUCAUAUCGGAAGCAACAGACGAAAGGAGCAAUGUGCAACAGAUAAUGAAAAAAUAGUUAGUGAGCGUUACUAACUUUUUCAGGAAGAAGCCAUGCUAGUAAUUUGCAGAGCAAGCAAAGCGGAGCUGUGGGAGUGCGCGUAUAAUUCGAACCCGGCUGAGGCAGUGGACCACCAGCGAUACUGUGCACGGUUAACCAGAGCACGCAGCUGCCUUUCUCUCACACAGUUACUCAUGCUGUCAGCUUGAGCCAAGCCAUGAACGACACGAACAGAGCCAUGCCGGCGUCUCACAUAGGCGGGAAGCUCCUCAAUGCGGUGCCUAUGCUUCUCCUCUUCUCACUGGGAUUUGUCCUCGGCAUGACCUACAACUCCAAGUUCCCAAACUUCUACCUCCCGUUUGUUGCGCCAUUGCCCUCUCCUCCACCGCCGCCACCUCCACUACCACCGUCGCCGCCACCGCCACCUACUCCGUCGCCGCCGCCACCGCCGCCCCCAGCACCACCUACAAACCCACAAACGGGGCUGGUACGAUUUCUCGAGCCGAGAAGCGUCAUGCACAACAUGACCGACGAUGAGCUGCUGUGGUGGGCGUCCAUGACGCCGAAGGUGCAGAGCUCGCCGUACCACCGGGUGCCCAAGGUGGCCUUCUUGUUCCUGGCGAGAGGGGACCUGCCGCUGCGGCCGCUGUGGGAGAAGUUCUUCGCCGGGCACGAAGGGCUCUACUCCAUCUACGUGCACACCAAUCCCUCCUACACCGGCUCGCCGCCGGAGGACUCCGUCUUCUACGGUCGCAUGAUCCCUAGCCAGAAAACGAUGUGGGGGGACAUCACCCUGGUGGCGGCGGAGCGCCGGCUACUGGCGAACGCGCUCCUGGACCUGGGCAACGAGCGCUUCGUCCUGCUCUCCGAGUCGUGCAUUCCCAUCUACAACUUCACCACCGUGCACGCCGUCCUCACCGGCACGAACACCAGCUUCGUGGACGUGAUCGUGACCCCGGCGCGCUACGACCCCCUGUUCGGGGAGCGCCACAACAUCACGGCGGCGCAGUGGCGCAAGGGCGCGCAGUGGUUCGAGAUGGACCGGUCGCUGGCGCUGGAGGUGGUCUCCGACCGCACCUACUACCCGACGUUCCGGGAGCACUGCGCCGGGCGGCGGGCCUGCCUCAUGGACGAGCACUACCUGCCGACGCUGAUGAGCGUGCUGCGGUGGCCGCGGGGCGCCGGCCGGACGCUCACGUUCGCGGACUGGGACCGGAGGCGGCGGACGGGGUUCCACCCGCACACGCACCGGGCGGAGGAGGUGACGGCGGGGCUCAUCGGGGAGAUCAGGGGAGGGGAGCGCGCCGGCGUCAACUGCAGCGCGUUCAGGGACGCGGCGAGCGGGGUGUGCUACCUGUUCGCGCGCAAGUUCACGCCGGACACGCUGCAGCCGCUGCUCCGGUUGGCGCCCAAGGUCAUGGGGUUCGGGUGAGAGGAUCGGGAUGGUAUGGUAUCUCGUUGUGACUUCUUCUUUUCGGAAUUUUUUUGGAAUUGUUACGGUACUCGU